AUGGCGACCAAGUCCUUCGCCGAGCUGUGCGAGAUGUCAGCCUCCAAGGGCGGGAUGGAGAAGACGGUGAAGUUCACGUACGAUGAGCACGUCUCCGUCGUGAUGGCGGCGUUCAGAGAGAGGUCGCAGGGACCGCACCCCUCCAUGCCGCUUGUCCACCGCGUGGACAUCCUGGACGAGAGGCCCGAGAAGCCCGACUCGGAUGGCACGGACACCGAGUCAUGGGCGAUGCGCUACCGCCGCUUCUUCGCCGAGAACGACGCGCCGCCGUGGGUCAAGAAGAUCAGCGGUGGCGAGUACCUCAGGGGCACCGAGCGCAUCGAGUGGUCGGAACCCGCGGGCAAGAUGGUCAUGUACACCGUCAACGAGUCCCACUCCCAGCUUGUCACCGCCGAGGAGAUUUGCAUCAUCGAGGCGGAUCCCGAACGACCGCACACGGGAACCAUCAAGACGCUCACCGUCCGCGCCAGGCUCCGACUUCGGGGCUGGUGGACCCUCGGCAUCUCCGCCAUCGCCGAGCGGUUCCUCCUCGGCAGGUACGUCUCCCUCGUGAACCAGGGGCGAAAGAUCGAGCUCGAGGAGAUUCGGAAGUGGCGCCACACCGGCAAGGCGGAGCUUGUCCUGCGCGGCGCGUUUGAGCGCUCGCGCACCCCCAGCUCCGAGCGCGCGCUCGGCAUGAUCCUCGCGGGCGGCACUUCCAAGCUGCCGUCGCUCGAGCCCGAGGCUGACGAGGGCGGGAAGGUAUCGCCAAAGUCCACGCUAAGCCGGCUCCGCGGAAACAGCGCGCCCAGCGUCGACGGCCUCGAGGUGGAAUCCCUCGAGGAGUUCGAGCGAUCCAUAUCCGAGAAGGAUCCGCGGGAGACGACGGAUGAGAUCGUGCAGGCGGGCAUGAGCGAGGUCCACUGGCUCGGGCUGAGGUACGCCAAGCGACGGGAAGAGAUUUUCGACGAGUCUUCGACCGACUCUGAUGAGUACGCCUACGAGUCCACGCCGAGGCCGGAAUCGCCCCUCCUCAGCUACGCCUCCACGGACGAGGACGAGUACGAGUACGAUUCCACGCCUCGGCCUGAGUCCCCGCUGUACGUCCCGCUCGACACCGACGACGAGGAUGUCGAGGAUGACGAGAACGGGGAGGAAACGCCAGCUGUGGACGCAGUCAUCGACGACGAGUUCCGCAGCAGCGGGUCGCCGGGCGCAGCGUCGCCGAUAUGGUCCCCGGGCGACGAGCGAACGGUCCUCGACGUUAGCGUGGACGAGGCAACAAUCGCCAAGAGUCUCGCGAAGGAUUGGAAGGAGAUCGAGGCGUUGGAGCACGAGGCGAUCCGUCGAAAGCUGGGCCUCGGCGAGGAGGAUGGGGAUGAGGGCGGCGCUGCGGGCGCGUUGAGGAGAUGGUUGGUUCGGCUCGCGCUGGUCGGCGCGGGGGCGGCGAUCCUGCGGGAGCGGAGGGACCAGCUGCUGCCGCUCGCGGUCCGGGCGAAGAAGAGGUGGACGCGCGGGCGACGCCCGGUGAAGGCGUCGGCGUCGGUGGUGGAUGCAGCGGCGAUGGUGGACGAGUCGGAGGAGGAGGGCGAGGUUUCCGCGGUUGUCGAGGCUGGGGAGGAGGCGGCGGCUGAGGCGGUGACCCCGGAGGUUGACGACGCGGAUGAUGAAUGA